AGCAGCGGCCGCCGUGCUGCGAGGCCGGCCAUGUACUGCGGCCCGGCGGGGGACGGCGGUCUGUGGCUGCCACCGCCAAGGCAUGGCAGCAGUGGGGCACGAUGCCAGCCCACCCUCGCCCCGGCCGGCCACCCGCACCCCAGCCCCGGGGGCCCGGCCGCGGCUGUCACAUGGCACGGGGAGGGGGCUGCGGCGGGGCGGGCCGUGCUCGGGGCUCCCCCGGCCGCGCGGAGGCGGGCUGAGGUGGCGGAAAGUUUGCGGAGUGGCUGGCGGCGCUGCGGUCCCCUCCCGCUUUCUUGUCUCUACUUUUUUCUACACCCCCGUCUCCCAUCGCCUUCCCCCCUCAGCGGCCGCCCCGGGGCAUGAGCGGCAGCCGCCACCCGCGCUGAGAAGCAGGAGGUCGUGCCGCGCUCAGCUCUGUUAGCGAGGGGAACGCCAGGGACGGGGGCGCGGGCAGCGGCUCCGCGAGCCCGCCAUGCUCCGCCGGCCCCGCACGGCGCCCGCCGUCCUCCCGGCGCUGCUCCUGCUGCCGCUGCUGCUGGGCGGCCGCCCCGCCGCCGCCCGCUGCCCAGCGCCCUGCCGCUGUGCCGGGCACCUCGUCGUCUGCAGCCGCCUGGAGUUGAGCCGGCUGCCCGAGCGGCUGCCGCGGGGGGCGGUGCAUCUGGACUUAAGUUACAACAAAUUAUCUUCAAUCAAGACCAAUAUCUUGGAUCACCUUCAUAGUCUUCAGGAAGUGAAGUUGAACAACAAUGAACUGGAGAUCAUUCCAGAUCUGGGACCAGUCUCAGCAAAUAUAACUCUUCUGUCUUUGACCAGUAACAAGAUUGCCAACAUUUUGUCUGAACAUCUGAAGCCAUUUCAGAGUCUAGAAACUUUGGACUUGAGCAACAACAACAUAUCGGAGCUAAAAAUUUCAUCAUUUCCGUCAUUACAGCUCAAAUAUCUGUAUAUUAACAGUAACCGAAUAACCUCUAUGGAGCCUGGUACCUUUGACAAUUUGUCUACCACACUUCAAGUAUUGAAACUGAACAGGAACAAAAUUUCAGCAAUUCCUCAAAAGAUGUUUAAACUGUCCCAUCUGCAGCACCUGGAGCUGAAUCGCAACAAAAUCAGAAAAAUAGAUGGGCUCACUUUCCAAGGACUUCCUGCUUUGAAAUCAUUAAAACUGCAGAGAAAUGGGGUUACAAGGCUCAUGGAUGGUGCUUUCUGGGGUUUGACCAACAUGGAAGUCCUGCAGCUGGACUAUAACAACUUAACAGAGGUAACCAAAGGCUGGCUUUAUGGCUUGUUGAUGCUGCAGCAACUCCAUCUCAGCCAAAAUGCCAUCAGCAGGAUCAGUCCUGAUGCCUGGGAAUUUUGCCAAAAACUCAGUGAGCUAGAUUUGACAUCCAAUCAAUUAGCAAGGUUAGAUGAUUCAAGCUUCAUUGGUUUAAGUGUGCUGGUUGGUCUGUACAUUGGAAACAACAAAGUAAAUUACAUCGCUGAUUGUGCCUUCAAGGGACUUUCUGGUCUACAGAUUUUGGAUCUGAAAAACAAUGAAAUAUCAUGGACUAUUGAAGAUAUGAGUGGUGCUUUCUCUGGCCUAGAUAAACUUAGGAAGCUGAUACUCCAAGGAAAUAGAAUUAGAUCCAUUACAAAGAAAGCAUUUUCUGGUUUGGAUGCACUUGAACACCUAGAUCUAAGUAACAAUGCAAUUAUGUCAGUUCAAGGAAAUGCAUUUUCACAAAUGAAGAAACUCAAAGAAUUGCACUUCAACACAUCAAGUCUCUUGUGUGACUGCCAGUUAAAAUGGCUACCACAGUGGAUGUCAGAGAACAACUUCCAGAGCUUUGUAAAUGCCAGUUGUGCCCAUCCUCAGCUGCUAAAAGGGAGAAGUAUUUUUGCUGUCAGCCUGGAUGGCUUUGUCUGUGAUGAUUUUCCUAAACCACAGAUCACUGUCCAGCCAGAAACCCAGUCAGCAAUUAAAGGCUCCAAUUUGAGUUUUGUGUGUUCAGCAGCCAGCAGCAGUGAUUCCCCAAUGACUUUUGCAUGGAAGAAAGACAACGAAUUACUGCAAGAUGCUGAAAUGGAGAAUUACGCACACCUGCGGGCCCAGGGUGGAGAAGUGAUGGAGUACACCACCAUCCUUCGGCUGCGCAAUGUCGAAUUCAGUAACGAAGGGAAAUACCAGUGUGUUAUUUCAAAUCAUUUUGGUUCCUCCUACUCUGUCAAAGCCAAACUUACAGUAAACAUGCUGCCUUCAUUUACAAAAAUCCCCAUGGACUUAACCAUUCGAGCUGGGGCAAUGGCACGUUUGGAAUGUGCUGCAGUUGGGCAUCCUAUCCCCCAGAUUGCUUGGCAGAAGGAUGGUGGAACAGAUUUUCCUGCAGCGCGCAAGAGGCGCAUGCAUGUCAUGCCUGAAGAUGAUGUAUUCUUUAUUGUUGAUGUAAAGAUCGAGGACACAGGUGUUUACAGCUGUACUGCUCAAAACACUGCUGGAAGCAUUUCAGCUAACGCAACAUUAACUGUGCUAGAAACACCAUCAUUUUUGCGGCCUCUGCUGGAUCGAACUGUAACAAAAGGGGAAACUGCAGUCUUGCAGUGCAUUGCUGGUGGUAGCCCUCCACCCCGACUGAACUGGACUAAGGAUGACAGCCCUCUCGUGGUAACAGAAAGACAUUUCUUUGCUGCAGGCAAUCAGUUACUAAUUAUUGUGGAUACAGAUGUAGAAGAUGCUGGGAAAUACACAUGUGAAAUGUCUAAUACACUUGGAACGGAACGAGGCAACAUCCGUCUUAAUGUAAUUCCUACUCCCACCUGUGACUCUCCUCAAAACAUUGCCCCAUCACUUGAUGAUGAUGGAUGGGCCACAGUUGGCAUUGUGAUCAUAGCUGUGGUUUGCUGUGUGGUGGGCACUUCCUUGGUGUGGGUGAUCAUCAUCUACCACACCAGAAGGAGAAAUGAAGAUUGCAGCAUCACAAAUACAGAUGAAACAAAUUUGCCUGCUGACAUUCCAAGUUACCUGUCAUCCCAGGGGACACUGGCUGAAAGGCAGGAUGGAUAUGGCUCAUCUGAAAAUGGCAGUCACCAUCAGUUCCUCUCAUCUUCUGUAGGAGGAUAUUUCCUGCAGCAGAGGGACAGUAAUGGCAUUUGCCAUCUAGAUAACAGCAGUGAAGUGGACUUGGAGGGUGUUGCAGAUCCAUUCCUAUGCCACUAUCUGGGGACUUCGGGGACUUUGUAUUUAAAAGGCAACACUUACAGUUCUGACACAUUUGAAACAUACAGUACAAGUUGCAGCUCUGACCAGAGAACAGCAGGCUUGGGCCCUUAUGAGUCUGGAUAUUUAAAGAAAAAGGAAUGCUGUCAAUACUCACCUCCACAGGAAGAUCCCUUUGACCAGCGUGUUGACAUCAUUGGGACACAGGCUUCAAGUAGCAGAUUGAUGAACUCUAUUUAUACUCAAAAUGAAGGAACUGGACUGAAAAGCAAAAGUCCCAACUCAGACACAUUUGAUUUAAAUAGAAGUUUGGAACCCUCAUCUAUUACGAGUAACAGCACUUUCAUGGGAACAUUUGGAAAGCCUUUAUGGAGGCCUCAGCUGGACCCUCUUUCAAGCUGUAGACAGCCAGCAAAUUGCCAACCAAAAACCUCCCAUAAUAAUCAUCUUGCCUCACUGGACUUCGAUGCAGAGGCAGAUGAAGAGGGAAAGGAAAAGACAGUUCCUAGAGGAGAAAAUGGCUUUUAUACUUGCAAACAGUCCUUUGAAAACUUCAGGACUCCUACUUUCCAAUCCUGUGAUUUGGAUACGUAGCUCCUUUUGGACUUGCUGAUUUCUGGAACCAAAGAAAUUAUUUGACAUACUACUACCUCAGUAUGGAACUUUAUUUAAAAAGGGAAGAAGGAGAAGAAGGGAAGAAAGAAACCACAUGAUGCUCUGAAAUCAGAAGAAAAAAAAUCUUUUUUCCAGUAAAGUGUAAUUUCCAAGAUGCUCUACAUUGGUUAUACAGGGACAAAAUCCAUAUAUAAAUACUAUAUUAGUAAUUAUUUUAUAGCCUUUUUUAUACAAAGAAUAUGUUUUGUAAAUUAAUGGUGUAAAUAAUUCAGCAUAUGUAUAUCUAUGUCAGACUUCAUUUUCUUGAAAUUAGUAGUAAGCAUUCUAAUUUUGUAGUGAUACUUGUACCUUUUUACAAAUGGAAACUCCAUGCUGUUUGCAGGUAUCAUGCAUCUUAUUUGCACAUUACUUUUAUAAUAAAAUAUGCUGCCAUGUGGUCUUUGACCCACAUUAGUGUAUGAAGAGUGAAAAGUGUGAAUUACGUUUGUAGACAGUGUUGCAAAUGUAGGUGCUUUCUGAUGUGUUGUUUGCACCUCUGUUUGACUUAAACAUGUACUUUAAGGUUUACUGUGUAAAAUAGGUUCAUCUUCAAAGGGUGGGUGUGGUCCUGCCACGGCUGCUGGUGAGGUGGGUUGCAGCUGUUUGAACCAAAGCAAGGCUGUAAAUCCUCCAGUUUGUGAAUUCCCCCUGUCAGAUGUGCACGCAUAUGCUCGCAGUUUUCAUGCCAUUGAGGCUGUAGUACCAGCAGUUUGCCUGUGCCUUUGUUAGUAUGCCUGCAUCUGGUGGAGGGAUAUACACAGUAGAUGCACAAAUUCAUGUCAAGCUAUUCAGUAAAAGAAGAAAAAAGGCCCUGGAUAUCUGCCUGGUAACCUAGCUCUUCUCUGAGUGGCUUAGUAUCAAGUGUUUGCCAAAUAUGCAGUGCGUGCCUGAGUCUUUGCUUUCCCACACCCUUUCUCCCUCAUUUUGCUUCUGCAACCACUCCCUGCUCAACACGAGGAGGUAAUCCAAGAACAAGAUAAUGUUUUCUUUGGUUUAAUUUAUGCUUCUGUUCCUUACUUGGCUGCUCUUCUCUGGUUGUGUAUGAGAUCUGUGCUUUAUUUAGUUGCUCAGUCAAGUUGAGCAAUGGUAGACUCUUGCUGGAUUGUAUUUGUAAUAACGGACUGAGUAUCUUUAAAUAAUACAAAUUCAGAUGAAGAGGAUUGCUUACUGUAAAACAGUAGUUAAAACUGAGUGAAAACAGUCUUUAUUUUGUGUUUCCGUGUACAGAUGCCUAUUUUGAAAAGCUGUGAAUCCUGUUGUCGUCACUGCACUAAAACAGUGAGACUUCAAAAUGGUUAAUUCUACAGAACAUUGGCUUUUUAAAUCUGCCUGCUUUGAAGGUGCAAACUUACAUGGUUGCCAAAUAGCUUCUUUUAAACUAAAUUAAAAGCAGCUGUUAGAAUAGGCCAUCACAGGCAUCAAGGCUAAAGCGAGAGCAAAGAUUUUGUUGCCUGUAGCUGAACUAAGGGCUUUUAGUUGUCUGCAGCCAGAAACCUGGUACCCAGAUUGCAAUGCAAUUUCCCUUUAAUUUAGGCACCAGUAUUAGAGACAGGAAGUUAAUCCAUCCUUAGUCACUGGUGGUCUAAGCAUACAGAAUGGGUUUUGCGUGCUUUAGUUGAUCAUAUUGCCAGAUUUUUUGACUUAUUGUUAAUUUGUCCUCAUUGUUGCCAGAUGUGGUGAUGUGGUGACAGACAUCGGUAUGGGUAUUUGAUUAUAAUUAAGUGCAUUUGAAAGAGAUUAAUUUUUCCACAGUUAAGUACAAACCUGUAGGUCAAUAAGGCAAGAAAUCUAAAAUUUGAUUCACUCAAUAUCUCUCCUUUUUCUCCCCCAAGCCCCUCGCUUCAGUGACCCUGUUUUUAGGGAGAGGAGAGCUGGGGCCUGUGAUAGCUCCAGUUUAUAAUCAGACACUGCUUUUUUGACAUAUUAAAAAUACCAAAGUUAAAAACAGUAACUCCAGAUUUAGUGUUUAUCCUUAAGAACUCCAUGUUAAAGGUCUAUCAUGAAAAACAAGCUUUAAAUUCUGCAGUGGGUGAAGGUUGAGAACAGUGGCAAUGUCAUUUCUUUUUCAUCUUCCUUGCAAAGAUACUAAUCUUCAACGGCUUGGAUGCCUGUACCUAAAUAAAUGUUCAGGGUCAGUGACUGAAUUUUAAACAGUUUCAUCAAGUUGCAUUUAGCAAUCUAGACACAGGAUUGACUUAAAAUUUUAUUUGAUGCCUUAAAUGCCCAGAAAUGCAAAUGAAAGCUCCCAAGUCCUCUUUUCUGGUAGCUUGAGCUUUUGUGUUUUAUAAGUGGAUUGUGCUUUAAUACAGUGAAUCUGUGAAAGAUAGUUUCAACAUCUUAGUAGUUGUUUUUAAACCAAUGAUGUACUCAAGCACCAGUUUUAAAGGCUUGGAAGUUCUUGCCUUUUUUUCUUUUUUUCUUUUUUUUUUCUUUUUUUUUCUUUUUUUUUUUUUUUUUUCUUUUUUUUUUUUUUCUUCUUUUUUGCCCUCCUCUCUAAGAUGCAGACAUUAGUGAGCUGGUAGUUGGAUAUUUACCCAGCUGAAAGCUAAAUCAUAAGUUGAUUUGGUGGGGAAAUAAAUUGCAGCCAACCCUGAGUAAAGCUUACCCUGCAUCUCAAGAGUUAGAGUGAGAAACAAGUGUUGUGUUCCUGAAUGACAAAACAGACAUUUUGCAGUUCUAUGACCAGGCUGGAAUCUUGCCAUGGGCUCACUUAAAACUUGUACAAUGUUCUUUAAGGGCAGUAUCCACUUAAUGCUUCACACAACAAAAUGUUUUGCCUGUUGAACUCACCCAAGCAACUGCUGAGGUAUAGUUUCUGCAAGCCCUAAAUAGUUUUAGAUAAAUGGAGUUACUCAUUUACCACGAUCUCUCUGGAGCAAGCAUUUCCUAAAUGAGUAACCUAAAUGGUGUGUAUGGGAUGACACUAGGGAUACCUGCAUCUUGAAGGGUGUUAGAAUUUCAAACAACCUUAUGGAGUACUACUCUAUUUCAGCAAUACAAAAUUUUGUAUUUCAGCAAUACAAAAAAUGCAUUUCUAAAUUAAAGCAAAUGCUUUAAUUUAGAAUUCUUAACAGUAAGGGCAUCUUGAAAAAUGGCAAAGAGGUGCAAAGCUUUCUUCAACUAAGGGCUCAUUAGUGCCACCAAGCAUUUCUUAUUUCAGUCUCGGGGAUCUCUUGAACACUUAAGCCUUAUUCCUUGAGUUGCUUCAAAGAAGCUUAAAACUAAGCUUUGCACUGCAAACAUUUGUGUUCUGCCAGCCUUGCAAACCAGGACUAUAAUUGGGGUUUGUGUUCCUUCUUGAAUAUAAACAUAAGCAGAAAUUCUGUUAGCUACUUGCAAGAUUUCUUGUUGCAUAUAUGACACAUCUCAGAGAGUUCUACUUUCUCUGUGAAAUCUUUUUUGCUCACUUUGUGUAUUGCUUUGUCAUAGAGAAUGUGUCUUGACUAGUUGGAUGUUAGUUUACAACUGUUGUGAAAUUACUUCAUUAAGAAAAUAGGGGAACCUCAGCCUAUUCAGUUAAAGGGAAAAAAGCAAUGUACAGCAAGAUGCAGUUUGUGUUCAUACCAUUUAAAUCCAGUUAAGAACUUUCCAGAUACCUUCCUUUUUUAUAUAUUUUAGGGAAGUGUUACAGGAGGAAAUAAAAGCAACAAUGUCUUGGCUUGCUAAUGUGUGGCAAAAGGCGCUUCUCCUGGUUGUCCUGGUUGUGCAUUAAGGGGUCAGUUGUUUCUCUGAAAUAAAUACGUGCACACCCAACCGCUUACCUAAAGGCACAGGGAGCCUCUUUCCCAUACUGGUCUUUCUCUCAUAGCUCGGUACUGGUCCCACGUCCUCAGGGGACCCUCUCUGGUAACCUAAGCUCCAUUCCAGUUUCUGUGCUUGCCCUGUCACUGUGGUGACAGGCUGGGACAAAUGGACUCAGUUUAGAGAGCACACUGCAAUUGCAGGCAGUAAGUCAGCAGUGGUUGUGCUUGAAGAGAGGAGGGGAAGGGCUGGAGAGAGACAGGUUAGCCACAGUUUAAGGAAGAACUUUGUAUGAGUGUGCAGAAAAUGCAUAAUUCAGGACACAGGGAUAGAAUAUUUAUAACACAAUGUUAUAAGCAUAAUAAAGAGCAUUCUUGUACUUUACAAGCUUUACAAUGCUUUUUAUAUGUUUAAUUCCACUCACCCUCCAUGCUUUCAAGUGCCAAAAAUAGCAAUACACCGAAGAGUACAACAGCUGGAGAGUUCCCUCUUACUGCAUCUAAAAUCUCCUUUUCUGGUAGACAAGAAACAAGAUCCAUUUGUUUUUCUGUGUUUGGGUUCAACACCGGGUAUUGCUGGUGCAGUGCAUAGUUUCCCAGAGUCAUGUGGUCUGUGAUGUCCACUGUGUCAGAAUGCAUGUGAUCAGUGUGACUCAAGAAUGGCAUGGGACACCAGGACCUGAGGGUGAAAUUGGUAGCAGUUCUAAAUUGUAAAACAAAUACAGACUUUGUGACUUAAGAAUUUUUUUUUCUGACACAACAGAGGACAGAACCAUAAAUUACUCUAGAUUAGGGACUAUUGGAUACUAUUCAUUCAUCAACAAGGGCAUUGGUGUUAUUCCUAUUCCAUUUGGCUGUUGACUGUGGGCUGUUGACCAGCAAUUUCAGUGCAGGAGUUUGCAGUCCAAGUACCUGUAUGGACUCUGCUCUGAAAUCAAUGGUAGCCAGUUUUAAAGCACCGGAAUUUCAAAUAUGGCAUUGGAAAUGAAGAUCUAACUUACUUGACAUGUAGUAAGAUCCCCUGGAUAUAAAAGAAGCUUUGGGAUUUUGUAGGCCUGUGCUUUGAAAGGCUGUUGUGCAACAUUGUCCAAAGACAUUCAUUUGCCAUAGCCAUAUGCAACCUACUUAUUUUCAGCACUUCCUUUGAAGAUGUGCAUGGAGAAGCUAUGACUUAGAUUCAGGUCUGCUGCUGGAUUAUCAGAAUUCAGGUAUUGAUUAUAGAAACAGGUGAAAUAACAUCUUUUUGGACAGUGAGGUUUCAGAUUCUUUUAUGACAAAAUGAUGCAAAGCUACAUCAGUUCUUAUCCAGUUAAAGAAGUGACCUUUAGUAAUAUUCCUGGUGUUCAGCCUACUUAUUUUAGAAAUCACUGAUAAAACACUGUUAUGGAGGAAUAGAUAUUGAUGUCCUUGGGUUGCUUGCAAAGUGUUUGCAAAAUGCUUGCAUUUUGUUUUGCUGUGACGUGGAAAAUUCAGGGCUCCAUUCAGGCUUUGUUCAUCAACAAAUGGUGGGCUACUUUCAUCGUGAUUUUCAUAGAUGUGCCAACACUUGACAGACAUAUCUAGUUCUGUCCUGUGCUGGCAUGCUACAUGUUAGGGGAGUUGUCAGAGCUACUGUAAGGCAGAGCUACAGAGAUACCAUAAAGGGAAUUCAGGGGAGGAGGGCUGGAGUUCCCCUCCAUGGAGGUGUUUUGAAUAGUUCCCUUGUUCCAAGGGAGUAACUUGUGCAGGUUUUAACAUUUACUCCUCCUAAUUCUAUAAGCUUAUCAAGGACUUAAAGCUGCCACAUUAUUAGCCCUUGAAUGGGGAAGGUGUGCAUUUUCUGCAGGACAAAGUAUGUUGGGAGUUUUUUGGAACUGCUUUUCAAUCUCAUUGUGAUUCUAGACUCUUAGAAGUAAGCAGAAAGACCUGGUCCUUCAUCUGGCAUGUGGAGGUCCCUCAUGAUGUGCCUUACUGCAUGCAGAAGAAUUUUGCAGUCUAUGACUGACCAGAGAGCUCACACGAAAAAAACAUUUGAUCCACUAGUACCACAUAAUAAUUUUUAGCACAUAUCCAAAUGAGUCUUUUGUUCCAUGUUUUUAAUAGCUGUGGCUGCCUACACAAGCAAUGAAGAAGCUGCUGUUUGAGGAAGCGGUAGAAGAUGUAUAUAAUUAAGCCAGCUUAUAACUGAAACUAGCCACUCUUCUGGCUCAAAAUAAACUGUAUUUGUACUGCUACCUGCUGCGGGUCUAUACACCAGCAGCAUUAAGAAAGCAUCAGUGCUGCAGCAGCCAGCUGCCCGUGGACUGGCCUCUGCUACAGAGUGAUCGGAUUCUUUAUUAGUGUAAAGUUCUUUCUCUAUUAACCUUCCCUCAGGAAAGGGGAAACACGGCCUCCAUUGUAAUUAGCUUACACAGCCUUCCAUGUAAGCUAAAGAAUGGAAAGUGUCAGGGGUGCUUGCAGCAGCCUCAUAGGUAUUUGCUGUUAGCAGGGAAAAGUUAAUCUGCUCUCAAAUUUUGGCAAGGACACAAAAACCCACGUGUAAAAGUGUUCUUAGAAAGAAUUAAAUUUCACAUAAAUGUGACCACACAGCAGGUAAAGUAGUAAAAUGGUGGUGGUGAUGGAAAAUAUGACUACUCAGAAAGCUGCAUUAACUUAAUGAAUA